AUGAGCUUCCUUGAUUCUGUGCUUACGUCCAUCGAGACGGGCAAACCGUCUGCGAUCCCACCGGCAACAUCUCGCCGCCCGGAACCUCCUGUCUCAUCCUCCACAGCCAAGUCUGAAGUCCGCAAACCUAGCACACCAUCCCGUGAUGUUUCUUCCGAGAAAAAGGUCGCCGCAGCAGGGACGAAGCGCAAAGCCGAAGAGCAGCUGCAGCGUCCAUCGAAACCGGAUAAUCGGGCACCUGGUAAAUCAGUGCCUACGAGACCUGCACCUACAAGGCCUGCCACUACAUCUACGGCAUCGAAGCCUCGUCCGAAUCCGGCUCCAAAUGCGGCAAAGUCUGCGUCAAGCAGCAAUACCUCUUCAGCCCCGAAAGCCGCGCCUGUUUCGUCCAAACCUCCUCCUCCAGGCUCUUACGCCGAUCUCAUGAUGAAGGCGAAGGCUCUUCAGCAAAAUGCGCCGACACAAGUAGGAAUGUUCAAACACCAGAACAAAACGGCCCCCAAAGAAAGGCUCAGCAAAAUGGAACGCAAGAAACGGGCGAUGGAAGCACAAGCGAAGGAGAAAGAUCCACGAUUGGCAAAAAAAGGCGGUGCCACCGCUGGAACUCUGGCGGGUGCCAAACCUGGCGAUGGGAAACCGGCGAGGAAACGAGAUCCUGAUGAGCCCACCUACAAAGGCACUGCCAGACCAACGCAGACGCCGGCGACAACUGAAUACCGAGGAACAGCUGGUCUACCGGCCAAGCGUGAUCCCGCUGAAAGACGGCAAUCCAGAGCCGGCAAACGAUCACGGAUGGACGAAUAUCUUGGUACAGAUGAGGAAGACGAAGGUGAAUAUGCGGACGACUAUGACGACUACUACUCGGAUGCAUCAUCGGAUAUGGAAGCUGGCUUCGAUAAUGUGGAAUCGGAAGAGCAAGCUGCUCUCAAGGCCGCCAGACGAGAGGACGAGGAAGAAUGGCAGGCCGAACUCGCAGCCAAGAAAGAGAAAAUGGAGCGGAAGAAGAAACUCGCUUCGUUGGCCUCAAGGGCUAGAUGA